UUGGUGAUUCAAGUUCCUCCCGUCCUCGACACCUGAGAUGCAGCCUGACUCCGCGGGCAAAAAUUCGCCAGGCUAUCCCCGGAUUAGGUAAGCUCCAUCACAUGAAAAUGGCGGUCUUUUAGUAGGGGAUAAAUGACGUCGCGUUAGUCUAUCGAUCGUCGCCUGGAGGGCUGCGGAGAUUAUCAUUUUCUCCCAGCCAUUGCGCAUUAUGAUCUUUCAAAGCUAUGAUUUCAAAGGACUAGCUGCCUCCUGAUUGUUACGUCUUCAAUAUGGCCCGUGUACCAGUCAUCGGGCGGCUUUUCUGGUUCGAAUACCUUGCGCUAUUCGGAUCGUUGAUUUUGGUGCUGCUGGAAUGGGUCAUUCACAUCAUUACGUUCUGCCUUCCUGAGCCGAUCAUUAAUUUCUGCUACGAACGGUCGAAAACUAUUUUCAACCUCAUUAUACCCCCUGAGAAGCCAGAAAAUCAGGUGAGGGAAAAGCGAAUUGCGACUGCGGUUGGGGAAGCAUCAGAUUUUGGGGAAAUAUGCUCCAUCUUUGGAUAUGAGGCGGAAGAGCACAUUGUGCAGACUAAGGAUGGAUAUCUACUUGGCCUGCAUCGAUUGCCCAACCGUAAGGGCGAAGAAUCCAAGACUGUGAAUCAAGGUGCACAAAGCGUCAAGAAGAAGGUCGUAUAUCUCCACCAUGGCUUGAUGAUGUGCAGUGAAGUUUGGGUCUGCUUGACAGAGGAGGAACGAUGUCUUCCUUUCCAGCUCGUGGAACGAGGGUACGACGUCUGGUUGGGGAACAACCGAGGGAAUAAAUAUUCCAAAAAGUCGACCAGGCUCUCUCCGCUAACCAAUGAGUUUUGGGAUUUCUCAAUCGAUCAGUUCGCCUUUCACGAUAUCCCGGACAGUAUCAACUAUAUCCUUGAACUGACAGGGCAGCCCUCCCUAUCAUAUAUUGGCUUCUCGCAGGGAACGGCUCAAGCUUUCGCCACUCUUUCGAUUCACCCGCAGUUAAAUCAGAAGAUCGACGUCUUUGUGGCCCUUGCGCCUGCAAUGGCACCCGCUCGGAUAUCAAAUCCGGUUGUGGAUUCCCUUAUGAAAGCCUCACCGAACUUCCUGUUCUUGCUCUUUGGCCGACGCAGCAUCCUCAGUUCAACCACGAUGUGGCAGACCAUCCUGUACCCUCCGAUUUUCAUGCGCAUCAUAGACACGUCACUUGCCUUCCUCUUUAAUUGGAAAUGCAGGAAUAUCAGCCGUAGCCAGAAGCUCGCGGGUUAUUUCCAUUUGUUCUCGUUCACAAGUACCAAGUCCGUGGUACAUUGGUUCCAAAUCAUCCGCAACAAGAACUUUCAGUUCUAUGAUGAUGAGAUCUAUGCACCAUUUAGUAUUGCAGCGAGCGAACGAUUUUACAAGCCAGUCAAAUACCCCACGAGGAACAUCAAAACCCCGAUUGUGCUGCUGUAUGGGGGCAGUGAUAGUCUUGUUGAUAUCAAUGUGAUGCAGAAAGAGCUCCCGCGAAGGACAACGGCUAAAAUCAUUCCAAAGUACGAGCACCUUGAUUUCCUGUGGGCCCAGGAUGCGCCUGAGCUGGUUUUUGGCCAUGUGUUCGAUGCCUUGGACCAGUAUAGUUCCGCCACCAAUGGACUGCAGGAAGUGAAGGUAAACAGACAGGUUAAUGGCACCAAGUGACGUGGGCCAGCCUGAUUUCUGCUCUGAAAAUGCAGAUGCAAGGAGAGAUAAAUAUGUUGCGUGGGAAUGGCGGAACAAGGGAACAAGGGAAUACUAGCCUGGCUUUUCCAAUGUCAUAAUUGUUGUAUUUAGUUGCAUCAUUGCAUAAGGCACUGGCCCGAGGAUUCUUUUCUUUUUGUUCUCGUUGUACAACACAUUGUAUUGAGACCUAAUGUGACACUUCAUUCCCAGUCCGAACAAUCAACAGGUAUGCUUGUUUGUACUUCAAAUGAGAAACGGUAUGGCCGCCGUCGUCCGCAUCAU